UCCAUGACGCGGUGCCGCCGUUCUCUCGCCCGCCCCGCCGCUCUUUGGCCCCGGGGCGCGGCACCCCCAGUGCCGUGGUGCGGCGGGGAGGAGGCGAGCGGCGGCCGGCGCCGUGUGCGGAGCAGCAGCCCUCUUGCCACCACUGGGCAGAAGGUCCAUCAGCCCUCCCGUCCUGUCACCCCAGUUAACAGCGCCCGGGUCCCCAGGCAUGGCCGCCCCGCGGGUCACCGAGAGCACCGUCACGGUGCAAGGACAGAGCCUCUUCUACCGCCGGGCUGAGCCGGCCCAGGCAGUGCCCAGGCUGACCGUGCUGCUGCUGCAUGGCAUCCGCUUCUCCUCCGAAACCUGGCUGCAGGUGGGGACGCUGGCCACGCUGGCCGAGAAUGGCUACCGAGCCGUGGCCAUCGACCUGCCGGGGCUGGGGCGCUCGAAGGAUGCUGUGGCCCCAGCACCCGUGGGCCAGCCAGCACCAGCGGCGUUCCUGAAGGCAGUUUCAGAGGCUCUGGACCUGGGUCCAGCUGUGGUGAUCAGCCCAUCGCUCAGUGGCAUGUACUCGCUGCCCUGCCUCUUAGAGCACAGCCAGCUGUUCAAGGCCUAUGUACCUGUGGCACCCAUCUGCACUGAGAAAUUCACGGCGCAGCAGUAUGCCCAGAUCAAAACCCCCACGCUGAUUGUGUACGGGGACCAGGAUGCAGACCUGGGGCAGACCAGUCUGAACAACCUGAAGCACCUCCCUGAGCACCAGGUGCUGCUGCUGCAGGGUGCAGGACAUGCCUGCUACCUGGACAAGCCCAAUGAGUGGCACCGUGGACUCCUGGACUUCCUGCAGCAGCUGAAGUGAGGAGGAUGGGACCACAGAGCAGGAGGAUGUGACCAGCCUACCCACCCCUCUGCACAUGCACCCUUGUGCCAACCCAGGCACUCACACUGCACUGGCCCACACCAGCACCCACUCUCUUGAGACCAAAUAAAACCCCAAGCUCUGCCACUGCUUUCCUGCCA